UCAAUACCUACUAGUAAAGUCAUACCUACUAGUAAAGUCAUACCUACUAGUAUAGACUUUGUCAAUACCUAACAGUAAAGACAGUCAGAAUGAGUUUAGCUCUAGCCUUUGUUGCUCUACUUGGAUUAUCUUUAGCAAACGCACAAUUAGGAGGCAUCGUCAAUCUAUCACAAACUAAAGUUACGGAGCUUUUAUCGGAAAAUGGCGACUUUGCUAAAGGUUUAAAAAUGGCUGUUACAAAGCUAAACAACGGCAACGAAAAACAUAAGCAAGUAAUAGAAAAGAUUAUCGACGCAACUUCGCAAGUUGUCGCCGGUAUCCGCUACGUAGUUAAUGUUAAAAUUGUCGAAUCGGUGUGUAAAAGCAUGAAUAACAACAUAUUAAUGACAACAAAACUUUGCCCUGCACUCAAGUAUUCUAAAUCAAAAAUUUGUAAGGUGGUUAUUUGGAGCCGUCGUUGGCUCAGUUUAGCAACGGAAUCACUAGUUGUAGAUAUUACAUGUUAAUACUUGUUUACUUGUUAUUACUACACGUUUUUGCACGUUUCUAAAAAAGAUGUAUUUAUUUAGAUAAAUUUUUAUUUAUUUAAUGAA